GUACUCGCACCCUCACACACACUCUCCUGAGAACCCGAAGUCGGUUGGGUGUUUAUAUAAUGAAGAAUUAUGGGGCUGUUUGAUCGAGGUGUUCAGAUGCUUUUAACCACCGUUGGUGCUUUCGCUGCCUUCAGCCUGAUGACUAUAGCUGUGGGGACGGACUACUGGCUGUACUCCAGGGGGGUUUGCAAGACGAAAAGUGUCAGUGAGAAUGAAACCAGCAAAAAGAACGAGGAAGUUAUGACCCAUUCUGGGUUAUGGAGAACCUGCUGCUUAGAAGGGAACUUCAAAGGCCUGUGCAAGCAGAUCGAUCACUUCCCAGAGGAUGCAGAUUACGAAGCUGACACAGCAGAAUAUUUCCUCCGGGCUGUGAGGGCCUCGAGCAUCUUCCCAAUCCUGAGCGUGAUCCUGCUCUUCAUGGGUGGCCUCUGCAUCGCAGCCAGCGAGUUCUACAAGACCCGGCACAACAUCAUCCUCAGCGCCGGCAUCUUCUUCGUGUCUGCAGGUCUUAGUAACAUCAUCGGCAUCAUAGUGUACAUAUCUGCCAAUGCCGGGGACCCCUCCAAGAGCGACUCCAAAAAGAAUAGUUACUCCUACGGCUGGUCCUUCUACUUCGGGGCCCUGUCCUUUAUCAUUGCCGAGAUGGUCGGGGUGCUGGCGGUGCACAUGUUCAUCGACCGCCACAAACAGCUGCGGGCCACGGCCCGCGCCACGGACUACCUCCAGGCCUCGGCCAUCACCCGCAUCCCCAGCUACCGCUACCGCUACCAGCGCCGCAGCCGCUCCAGCUCGCGCUCCACCGAGCCCUCGCACUCCAGGGACGCCUCGCCCGUGGGCGUCAAGGGCUUCAACACCCUGCCGUCCACGGAGAUCUCCAUGUACACCCUCAGCCGGGACCCCCUGAAGGCCGCCACCACGCCCACCGCCACCUACAACUCGGACAGGGACAACAGCUUCCUCCAGGUCCACAACUGUAUCCAGAAGGAGAACAAGGACUCUCUCCACUCCAACACAGCCAACCGCCGGACCACGCCCGUGUGAAGGGCCUGACGGGACGGGCGGGCGGCGGGCAGAGGGGCCCGCGGGCGGGGAGGG